AUUGCUGACUAUUUAUGGAAGACAUUGCCAAAGAAGUUUGCCAAGUACUUACUUGAACCAGACAUACAUACUCUUUCAAGGUUAUUUAGUGAAAAUUAUUCAAAUUGUUUCAUAGUAAUAUUAAAUCUUUUAAAAUUUGAAAACGCCAAAUGCAGUGUCACCAAUCCAGGGAUGUAUUUAUUUUAAUUCAAUAUUUAAAAUUAGAUGCACACAACCCAAGUACGCCUCGGUGGUGAUUAAAAUAUGAAAAAUAAUGUAAACAAACCAAAGGUUUUCUACUUUAUAUACUGAGAUGAAAACUUUCACCAUUUCUCUUGGUUUUGCUCAUUGCGUUCACACGGGGCAACGUACUCUGUCAUUCCCAUUGUAUGAACAUUUCUACAAUGGUCAUUCCGUUUCUUAUAAUUUUCUGAAAUUCGCGUACACUUUGUUCACUUUAAAAUACUUUUACGGAAUUAAUUUAAAUAAUUUGUAUCAGUUUCAGACUUUUAAUUAAUAUUUUUAUUUUAUACAAAAUUUCCCAUUCAGGGAAAGACAAAGCUACUUUAUCUGAACCCAGUCGUAUAGCUUUUCAGCCAAUGCAACCAAUUGUCAGAAAGUUUUGAGAGCUACUUUCUGAGUUUUGAGAGCAUCGGUGUCUAGUGUACAUUUUACAUUGUUUGUUUGUUUCAUUGAAUUUUUGUAAGAAAGAAAAUUAAGAAACUAGUAAAUGAAUGAAAGUGUUAGUUUUUGUUAGAAGUUCAAACCACAAGAGCUAAGAUUUUAAUAUUGUCUUAAUUGGGAACAAAAGGACUCGUUUGGAUCAAUAAAAAAUGAGUGAAUCUGAUUCAGAUGCAGCUUGAUGUGGUUUAACCCUAGAAGGGUACGGUUAAAUUGUAGGCGCUUAUAGGUACCGAUGAGUAAAUUUUAUAAAUCAAACAACACCAUUCAAUGCUUGCGGCAGCCGACUUAUGACAGAGUGGGACAAGCACUGCUAGUGGCUUGACUUUCAGUGGGGCCAACCUGCUGAUUUACGAAUAAAUCUAUUUCGUAUGUGAGUAAAUUUUACUCACAAUACCCUUCUAGGGUUAAAAGCGUGUUUUUUAGUUUUUUAAACUAUAUUUAUUAAAAUGUAAUUAUUGCCUAUUUAUACCAUUCUUCUUGGAGCCGUGUUUUUAGUGCGGUGAGAGAUGAAACCGGGUUUUGACGCAACGCCUGUCCAAUUCACUCCAUAAUUUUUUGAUUGGAUUUAUGUCACCACGAUCUUUGGCAUUCUUGCCUGUAAAAUGUUCGGAGAGGGAUGGAGGUGGCAGAACAGGUAGACGAUUCGACAUUCUGCAUAAUUAAUGACGAAGCCCCUACCAGAAUUAUGGGCACUUGCAGCAGUUCGCCGGACAUCACCACUGCCAGCGGUGGUCUGAUAAAUUGCAUAACCUGGCGACCUAUGGUAACAAAAUCCUCAAGUCGCUAGGCGGUAGCACUUGGGGAAAGGACAAAGAAACGUUGCUGGCCACUUACCAAGGCUAUCGGCCGGCCGGUCAUAAAUUACGCAGCACCGGUAUGGUCGCCUGGAUGCAGCGGCACACAACAGAGGAAGAUACAAACGUGUCAGAAUACCGCACUCCGGACAUCUACAGGAUGCCUCUUGACGUCACCAGAAGCACAUUUGCACAAUGAGGUCAUUAUGCUGCCUAAUAAGGAGCACAAUGAACUGCUUACCAAACAGUUUCUACUAGGGUGCUUUCGUAGAAAUCACCCAUGUAGUCACUUGCUGGAAGCAGAACCGCCCCCCAGGUGCAUCAAGAGGUCACUCUUACAAUACGUCGACGAUCCAGAACAAUACACCGACCAGACUGCGGACGCAGACAGUUUCAGACAAGCUCUAAACGCCAUUCACAGUGGAGCUAUUAACACCUUCCUUGCUCCCUUCCAGUGAAUGGCGUCCUUGGAACCAAACCACCACCUUUAGUAAAGCUCGAGUUGCUGCGUCAAAGCGGAGUGACCCUUGCGCAACUUCGAUCUGGAUAUUGUAGCAGGUUAAACUCCUACUUAUCCACACUGAACCCCGACAUACAAAAUAUAUGUCCUGCAUGCAACGAGUCCCCGCAUGACACUAACCACCUUUUUGCAUGCCCAACGAACAAUACUCAUGUAACACCCCCUUCCCUUUGGUCCGACCCCGUCGAAGCAGCAUGCUUCCUGGGCCUCCUGUUACCUCGACGACAACUAGAUUUAUACUUUCCUUUUCGGCAGGGAUAGAUAAUCGCUACAACAACAACGCCAAUCAUUGAGUAUAGUAUCAGAUUGAACACUCCAAGCUUAAAAUAAAGAUAAAAUACAUUAGUAUUGUGGACUAUCAAUGAACUAAUUGCUAGCGGACGAUUUUUUGAAUUGAACUCUUUAUUUCUUGGUAAAUUUGGGAAUCUAUUCAUUCCCUGUGCAGUUUUACUUAAUAAAGAAUUCAUAAUAUUUACGCAAAAUAUAUUAACUUUGUUUUAUUAAAAAUUGGUUUGAUAAUAUAUGAUCAAUUAAUUUUUUUCAUGAUAAUUAUAAUUUCGGCAUCCACAUUAAAGCGCCGCUUAUUUAUAUUAAAGCAAGCAUUAUUUUUAUGCUCUCAUAACAUCUUGCACAUAAUAUAAUGUUAUAUUCACCCAAUGGUCGUUUGUAAUACCUAAAACUAAUCGAGAUACACUGGUGGAAGUAUUUUGUCGUUUCUCUUUGUAGAUUAACGAAAUUUAACUUUUAUUUUAUUUGACAUUUUUACCUUUUUUCUAUCUUUGUUGUAAUUUACACAUAUUCUACCCCUUUAUUCAGAAAAUCGGUCCGUCACCAGAUGAUGCAACCCACGUACAAUCGAAUAAAACUUUCGGUCAAAUCCAAACACGUUUGGAUAGUUUUUCCUUGGUUUCAUCCGACCAAAGCACGUUUCUCCAAUUUCGACGAACUAAGUGUGUAGGUGUCUGGCAAAUGUUAGCCUUUUUUGUAUAUUAAUUUUACUUAAAAAGGGUACGUUUGUAGAACUGCUUCCAAAUAAUCACAUUUUUUGAAGUUAGUCCCGGACCGAACGACUUCCAUUUGAAUAUUAAAUUAAUUCUUCAAGUCAUUUAAAUGUAUGAGUAUCCUGGCGUAAUGUAGUAACAUCUUGUAGAAACUGAUUGCGAUUUUGUUCUUCCUUCCUCUAGUUUCGGGUUCUUUCACAUAGUGAAGGGCAUUAAAUACCUUUAUCCUUAGAUCAGUCCAUGAUAUUAGCUAUUUACAUCGUAACCCGAUAUAUAAUUUGACGUCUAUAGUCUUAAUCUGGAGAAUCCUUAUAUCCAACCUAUUUUAACCCUGAUCGUAUAAUCAUAUACCAUGUUAAAUGUUAUAAAAAUGAAUUAAAUGCUUGCUGUUGCUUAAAUAAUUUUAUUGUAAUUAUUUUUAAGCGUUAAUAUGAUGUGUCAAAAUCACCACUCAGUUGUCUUUUUGCUAGUUUUCCAUUAUUUACUUUUUCGUAGUUUCGCUCUUUGCGAGAGCUUUUAACAGUGCAGUAAUAAAAGCGUUACUUCUACCCUGAACAACUUCAGUUUGUUUCUAUUGAUUUUUCAAAGAAUAGCUGUCAAACUAGUCUCUAUUUUUCGUUUAUUAUAGUUUUUUUGGUGACAUAUGAAUAUUAGUGAAUUAGAAAAUCCGUAGUCUAUAAAGUAAACCAAACUGUUGAUAUAAAUAAUAAUAUUUCAGAUAGACACGCCUAUAUGCUAGAACGCAGUGGUGAUUUGGUAGUGUUUAAUUUAAUUUUUAAAAUAAAUAGGAUCAUUUCACAUUAAAUGUUAAUUCUAUGCCAUGUUUACAUUAAUAUUAUGUUCCAAUUAAAUUUACUUAGGUUCUUGGCUUUAUAAAGAACCCCAAAUAAAAGACAUCCUUUUUAAUAAAUUGUAAAAUGUGAGAUAAAUUGGACAUAAUUGAAAGAACCUAUAGUUGUUAAAAUAAAAAAUUACAAUGACGGAAAUAAUUUAUAACUUCAAAUUAAAAUAUAAAAUCCCUAACUAUAAAUCAAAAUGAGCUGAAGAUUGCAAAAAAGGCUUUAAAAAUAUGGAAAACCGCCUCAUUUGGUGCGGAAAAAUAAAGAGUUUCAUCUAUUUAGUCUUGCCAUAAAUUCUGUUGCAAAGUUUUGCUUGAAAAUGCAUAUAGCGAGGAGUAUGUUUGUAUGCACUGUUUACUCAUACAUAUAAACAAUAGUGGUGAGCUAAAGAAAAUCGUAUUGCAGUGAUUCUUUCAAAUAAGUGUCGUUCGAACUAUUUCAGCCAUAAGAACAGUUCGUGAAGGCAUUCGUAAAAAUCCCCAUAGAAAACAGAAAUUAUGUCAAAGGAAAUGGAUAUAUCGACCAGAUCAAUAUCAAAACUUAUUUGAGAUGAUUUCAUAUAAAAGCCCACGACGGUCAACUGGUCAUCAUCUGACAACGGGCUUCAAUCAAAUAAGGAUCAGUUGCAAACUGCUUCUUCAGUGGCACGCGAUUAUUUGGAGACAAAAUCUACGCAAAAACUUCCAAACACGCAAAAAAGGUUAAUCCAAGGGUUCAACUUGAUCACCAUCCAUCUGUUGUAAUGGUUUGAUGGUCCUGUAAAGGCCUUACACCUCCUCGCUUCUGAAAAAAGGGGCAAAAGUGUACAGGAUGUUUCAGAAAUUUUGAGAUUCUUAAUUUUUUUAGCAGCGUCGUCAAUACGAAUAGAAGUUGGGCGUGUCGCUAUUGAUCAAUGGCCGAAUCGUUUGAGGUCUUGUGUGAAAAUCGAAAGUUUGAUCAUAUUUGGUAAAAAAUAUCUUCUUAUCGUCUGUAAUAUGCCAUGGCAUUUUGUUGAUAAGCCAAAACCUGGCACUGAAACCGCUUUGGAAGCCUGCGAUUAUUUCGUGGAUGAAGUCAUUGAAUUUUCACACUCCUUAGAUGCGCGCGAGCAAGUUCGAAUGAUAAAGCAUCGCGAAUUACGUCACGCAGUACUAAAUGGCGAUGAACGUACUGUUUGUGUGCUUUUGGAAGCAUUAGGUGCUGAAAGACAUGUUGUAACGAAUAUGGCGCCAGCUGGAGCUAGCACGUUGCUUUAUCUGGCUUCACAAGCUGGGUAUGAGGGUAUCACCAAUCGUCUUUUAGAUGCAGGAGCCGAUGGUCGCUCACAUGCUGUUACGAAAUAUUCGCCACUUUAUGUUGCUGUACAUCAUGGACAUUAUAAUAUAGCAAAAUUAAUGUUGGAACGAUUCCCGGAAUUGAUACAGCAAUCUACGGUUGAGCGCUGGCUGCCGAUUCAUGCUGCCUGCAUUAACGGUCAUAUUUCAUUACUAGAGUUGCUAAUAGAAUUUAAAUACCCACAAUAUUUGUAUACUAUUUAUCGCGAUGUUGAAGGUAAAUGGGAGUGGUACUUACCUUUCGAUCCAAAUGCGCAAGAUGUAACAGGCCAGACCAGCCUUUAUAUCGCCAGCAUUCUAGGUAACAAGGCAUUGGUAAAUUUGUUACUUAGAUGGAAAGUGAAAUGUCAUAAAAUAGUAUCUAAUGAAGUUGGCGGAAACGGAAAGGAAGCUACGCGAAAUUCUAGUACCAGCAGUACCCCCAUCACGCCUACUCGCAAGCGUAUUUCAUUUGGAAUUCAGGCAAUUAUGUUAAAAUUAAAUAUAACUGGGGAAGACGAUAAUCGGGUUAGUGAAGAGAAGGAAUCUGAAAUAUGUCCCAUUAAUUUAAAUUUACUUUGCGGGGCAGCACGUGAAACUGCCCUCUUAGCAGCAGUGCGCGGUGGUUUUGUUGACGUUGCCAAAUUGCUACUGGAACAUGGGGCAAAUCCCAAUAUUUUAGCCAAACCAGUUGAGGAUCAAAAUGAUCCAAAAUGCAUAGAGGAAAUAUAUGGGCUAAGUAAUGUGCCAAUUGCGGAGGCGUGUAAACAGCAUUCAUUACCAAUGCUUGAAUUGCUUUUAAAAUAUGGAGCUCGCGAUGAAAAUGGCACGGCGUUAAGUGUGGCCAUUACAUCGGAAGAUGAAGUAAUAUUGAAUCGCUUACUUGCCCAGCGUGUGCAUCCUGAUUCCGAUUAUAAAAUUAACAAAAAGGAGCUCCCAGCACCUAUUGAUGUAAAUGCUUUUCUACCAUCAGCAGCAAAUAUCUCGUAUAGCGCAAUGUUUCCCAAUGUACCAACUAUUAUAGAUUGGCAUAAUAAUUCAAAUGUUCAGUUGUCAUUUGUGCGUGUUAAUUGGCUGGUAAAUGGUGUUCUAAAAUUGAAUCCCAAACUUCAAGGACAUCCCAUGGUAAAUGAUAUCACAUUGACUGCCAUAACGCGUAUAGAUUUUUCUCAUAACAACAUCUCCAUUAUUCCGCUGGCAAUUUUUAAAUUAGUUAGCUUGAAAUAUUUAAAUAUCGCACAGAAUAAAAUUUCCAGUUUACCUUCGCCUGAGCAGUCACCUAAUAGCGUGAAAUAUUCGUACAAUUGUCCUGUACUUGAAGAGCUCUUCAUACAGGAUAAUCGAUUAGUAACAAUUCCUACGGAAAUAUUUCACUUACCAUCACUUGCUAUUUUAGAUAUUUCAAAUAACAAACUUCAAGAAAUGCCGUUUGAUAUGUGGAAAGCGCCAAAGUUGCGUGAAUUGAAUAUAGCUUUUAAUUUACUCAGGGACUUGCCAGUACCUCCUAUGCAGACUCUAAUAUCUCAUCUCAGCUCGGAAAAGUUUGAAUCAGAAUCAUUAUUCAAAACUGAUUCUUCAAAUGAGAAUAAUUCUAAACAACGACACUUAGUUUUUCAACAGCUGAUACAUCGUAACAUUUGGUCUAAUUCGUUAGAAAUAACUGACAAUGAAAUGAAGUGGAAUAAAUCUAAACAAGAAGAGGGAUUUUCAAAGUUAAAUAGCUUAAAUAUAGCCAACAAUCUUUUUACCAGCAUACCAGUAGUAUUACCUUGUUUGGCGGCCAAUUUAACUCGACUUAAUAUAUCAUAUAAUAGCUUAAGAUCAAUGGGUCAUGUUACAAGUUAUCCUUCAACACUCAAACAAUUGGAUUUAAGUCAUAAUGAAAUUUCUUGUUGGCCAAGUUUGCCGCGCAUCACCACUGAAUCAGACCCACAUUUGUUAUGUUAUAGUUUUAUAGAGCAGCCCAUUGCUGCAUCCGCUGAUGAUGCAACUUCAUUUGUUAAACCCGUGGUUAGUGGUAAAACGACUACAUUUCGUAGCACAGUCCUUAAAAGUGUUUGUCAACAUCGUCGUCAUUUGAGACUUGAGUCUUUGCGUACUUUAAUAUUAGCGGACAACCUCCUGACACGUAUACAGUUAUCCACUGAUGAUGUCACUACACUUUUUAAUGAAUCUGACGAUGCAGAUUGGAGUGUUGUGGGUGUAACCAAAUCUAAAUUGAUAUUCCCAAAUCUAUCUAUGCUGGAUAUUAGCAAUAAUUGCUUAAAGGAAAUUCCUACUUCAUUACACGAGUUAAAUGGACUUAGUGUUCUGAAUAUAAGUGGCAAUGUGAAUAUUACCGAUCUACCACCACAUCUCGGCCUUCUUUCCCGUUUGUGGAAUUUAAACACACGUGGUUGUCUCCUUCAAGAGCCUCUCAAAUCAAUGAUUGAAAGUAAAAAGUAUAAAACAAUGGAUAUUAUUGGUUAUUUGAAGUCUAUUUAUGAAAAUUCCGUAAUUUACGCUCGUAUGAAGCUAAUGGUAGUAGGCGUACAAGGUAUUGGGAAGACGACCCUACUAGAUCUGCUUAGACAGGGUGGUGGUUCACAGAAAACACGCGCUUCGGAGAAUCAUUGGACUAAACGUAUGGGCCAUAGGCGUAAUACCUCUAAAUUAAAUAAUAAAGGAAAUAUUUCCACUGUUGGCGUUGAUAUUGGGACUUGGAUAUGUGAAAGAGGCAAGAAAGCGCCGGGAUCUCAUGGGCCAGUAAUAUUUCGAACUUGGGAUUUCGGUGGGCAAAAAGAGUAUUAUGCAACACAUCAGUACUUUUUGUCGAAACGCAGUUUGUAUUUAGUACUUUGGAAGAUAACUGAUGGUCACAAAGGACUUUCAGAAAUUCUUCAAUGGUUAGGAAAUAUACAGGCUCGCGCACAAAAUUCUGCCGUAAUUAUUGUUGGUACACAUUUCGAUGCCGUCGGUGAAACUUUUUCCGCACAAAAAGCUGAGGAAUUGCAGCAAAUUAUACGCGAAAAAUUCAUUGCCAUACCAGACGCUGAAAAAAUCGGUCUCCCACGUGUAAUUGACUCAAUAGAAAUUAGCUGCCGUACAAUGCAUAAUGUACGUCUAUUGGCUAACAUCAUUUACGAUACUGCCUUUAUGCUGCGUUCGCCUGGGUCCAAAGAGCCAUUACUGCUGCAAAAGGUACCUGCUACAUAUAUUGCUUUGGAAGACAUAGUGAGUGUUAUUGCUACUAAUCUACGUUCCGCUGGGGUUGAUCCUGUGCUUGAUGCUGAAGAAUAUCGUAAAUGUAUCACUGAAGAAAUGCGCUUACAUAAUUAUAAAAGUUUCCGUGAUACUGCAGAACUUAAUCAAGCAACAAUGUUUUUACAUGAUAAUGGAGUUAUUUUACAUUACGAUGACGCAACACUACGUGAUUACUACUUUCUCGAUCCACAAUGGUUAUGCGAUAUGCUAGCUCAUGUCGUGACAGUACGAGAAAUUAAUCCCUUUGCUCGGACGGGAAUUAUGAAUAUGGAUGAUUUGGGAUUGUUGUUCCGUAACGAUAAAACCCAGAGCAAUAAAAACAGAAGUUAUAUCGUAAGUCUGUUGAAUAAAUUUGAAGUUGCAUUAACGUGGGAUUCACGCACAUUGCUAAUACCUUCGUUGUUACCUUCUCAUGAAGAUUCUACAGCGAACGGAGGUACCACAAUUAAAGUGUUCCAACGAUCUCGUGCUCGAAACUUAAAUAAAGGAUGCUCAAAUAAAAUAGAUACAAAUAACCUAACAUUCAAGUCACAUUCGCCACAUAAUUGCUUUGGUUCUGAUGUGGGAUUACGACGUAUCCUUUUAAUGACAUAUUUUCCUUCUGGAUUUUGGUCUCGCAUUUUAACGAGAUUGCUAGCUGAUGAACAGAUUAUGGACGCUAUAAAAUCGAUGUAUUUGCCCGAAAAUGAUAAAUGCUUGGAAUUUGAUGUACGCACCACAGUGGACUUAGAGGCUAAAUGGACUUUAUGGCAAACUGGCGUUUCUUUGAACUUAGGCUCGAUUUUAAUUUUUAAAGUAUGGGAAGUACCAUUUCUCGCCACCACGACAACACAAUUAUUUCGAAAUCCCAUGAAUCGCUUUAAACUCAAAUUAGAUGGUUUGUGGGGCGAUAUAAAUUUAUGGUCGUCUAGUAUAUUGGAAAUAUAUUUUCCGCUAUUUAAUAUUGACGUAUACAAGCAAGUAUCAACUGACGAUCCAGUAUUUGUUGCACAAAUUGAACCAGAUAUGUCAGUGGUUUCAAAAUUAUUGGCGCUUGUUGUAGAUCAUAUUGAUUUAUUACUUGAAGAUUGGUAUCCAGCGUUAGGUACUCGAUUUGUUCAUACAUCAGAAGGGCGAUUUCUUAUUACUCGUCUUGCUUUAUGCCCAAAAUGUUUACAAAAAUUAAAGAGUGACAACAGUGGUCGAGAAAAUCGUGCUGCUAUUAAUUGUGGUGCAAGCGGUGGUGUUCCGGCAGACAGUUAUAGUGGCAAUAAAAAUAAGCGAGCUGUAAAAUUGAAUGGAAGUUCUGAUGAAAGCGGAAUGAAUUUGUUUUCAGCAUAUGUUAAUGCUACAGAGCGGUGUGAACGAUCAUCAGAAGAUUCUCUUUACCAUUCGGAUGCUGAUUCAGGUGUGGGACCUGAUUCUACCUCUUCCUCUCGGAAUACAUCUGUUGACGGACAUCCCGUUUAUAAUCAACUGGAAGUAACAAGUGUCUGCUACUGUUGGAUGGUUGAAGAAUGUAUCCUUUCGGUGUAUAAUGAGACAAAGAUUGUUUGCCCUGUACAUUUGGAUAUACAAAUAAAUUGGUUGGCUCCCGAUGUAGUAUUUGCUGAUAUACCUGACCGAUACAGUAUAAAUUCGGAUGCUAUUAUUAAAGGUACUCUUCUAGGCCGCGGGGCUUUUGGUUUUGUAUUCAAAGCAACUUGCAAAUUAAAAACUGCACGCAGCUUUAAAGCUGUAGCUAUGAAAAUGUUGCAGCCUGUACCACCAGGACCAAGAGCCAAAGAGAGUGCUUUAAUGGCAUACAAAGUUGCUAUGGGUAAAUGGGAUCGUGAUCCACUUCAACAUGCUUGUAAGGCUUACUGUACAGCACGACAAGAGUUAGCCGUUCUUCUAACAUUAAAGCAUCCAAAUAUUGUUCCCUUGGUUGGUAUUUGCAUAAGGCCUUUGGCGUUGGUGUUAGAACUUGCCCCAAUGGGUGGUCUUGAUUCGAUUUUACGACAAUACCGACGAAGAGGGGCACAUAUUGGACCGCACACGUUCCAAAUAUUGGUUUUGCAAGCAGCACGUGCUAUCGAAUAUUUACAUAGGCGACGUAUAAUUUAUCGCGAUUUAAAAUCGGAAAAUGUGCUUGUUUGGGAUUUCCCAGAUCCGCAUAGUGAAGAUACCCCGCGAAAUAAUGUUCAAAUAAAGAUUGCUGACUAUGGUAUUAGCCGUCAAACCGCACCAAAUGGAUCAAAGGGUUUUGGAGGUACUGAGGGCUUUAUGGCACCUGAAAUUAUACGUUACAAUGGCGAAGAGGAGUAUACUGAAAAAGUCGAUUGCUUUUCAUUUGGCAUGUUUAUUUACGAAAUUAUUAGCUUACGUCAACCUUUUGAAGGCUACGAGUCUAUAAAAGAGUGUAUCCUGGAAGGUAGUCGUCCUCCUCUUACUCAGCGCGAAACGCAGUUUCCCACGUAUUGCCUUGACCUUAUGGUCCUCUGUUGGGAUGAAUUGCCGAAAAAACGUCCAUCAGCUAGUCAAAUUGUAUCAAUACUUACUGCUCCAGAGUGUAUACACUUGUUAGACACAAUUGCCUUGCCGCAUAGUGAAAAAGUGGUUUGUGGUAUAUUCAAUAUCCUCGCAACAAAUGAGGAUGGUACAACAGGUUUUGAGAUUUGGCUUCCUUCCUACAAUUCACGCAUCGACAUUCUCGAUGUUUUACCAUCUGGUAGUUUUUUACAAGCCAGCGCCAUAUAUUGCAAGGAUCGAUUUCAAAUGGAUAAUCCCCCAAGUUCAGAUUUAAGUUAUAACUCAAAGAAUAUUCGUUCAACCCAUUCCAGUCAACAUAAAACCAAUAUGCUUUGCUGUUGUAUAAUUGAAGAUUGUAUUUGGAUUGGUGAUACGGUAGGAAGUAUACAUUCAUAUAGCAUCAAAAAUUAUGCCCACACUUUUACUUACAUGCUAGAUCCAGCUAUAAAGUCUCCUGUUAUAAGUCUAGUAUAUCUGCGUAAGAUUGAACGUGUCGCUAUAGGUUUACACAAUGGUCGAGUUUUUUUAGUAGACUCUACGAAAGUACCAACCAAUUGUGCUUUUGCUGAGGGUACAUUCGUACUUACUGAAAUUUGUUCCGGUCUUAUAUUGCAUAGCUCAUGUGCCGUGAUUAUUAAUAACGAAUAUGAACUUUGGUGUGGUGAAAUGGCCGGUAAGAUUAAUGUAUUUCCGUUGAACAAGACCGGCGUUUGUGGUCAUCAGUCAUUAUGCCACAGUGAAGAACCUAAUAUUAUUGAAGAUGUGAAAGUCGCUCGGAUGUUCGCAACAGACGACUUUGUAUUUUCUUGUCUUUAUCCUGGUUUUGUUGUAUAUCAGUGGAAUGUCUGUAAUAAACGAAUCGAAAAUAAACUUGAUUGCUCUAAACUCUUGCCUUGCUCGGAGUCCUUGAAGAGUAUAGCAAUCGAUGAGCAUUUAAGUUUGGUGAAAUGUCAAAUAUCUGCAAUGGCUUCCCAUCGUAAUGAAUUGUAUAUCGGUACAACGUGGGGUUGCCUGAUAAUUACCGAAUUGAAAACGCUGAGGCCUAUUAGCGUUUUUCGUCCAUAUGAAAAUGAGAUAAAAAGUAUUAUCACUGUGCCUCAUCCAAAUGUUCCACUAAUUGCAACUAUUGGUCGGCGCUAUCGUUCUUUGAUAGCACGAUUUAUGGACAUGGACAGUCCUCUGGAAGGAACCAAGUGUAAAAUUUACGAGCAAGGACGCGAAGUGCGUCCUUCAGUUCGUGAUAUUGAUAACAAUAUUCAUGUUUUGUUAUGGAGAACUAACAACUGGCCAUAAUUAAAAACUUAGUCCACUCAAAUUGUCGAGUCUCUGAUAUACAGGUUUUUAGACUUAUUAUAUUAUAUACAUGAUUAUAAUACCCAUGUGUAAUAUUCAGGAAAGUAUUUUUUAGAUAUUCAUUGUUUUAUUUAUUUAUUAAAAUAUAAAUACAAUAUAUGAUUAUAUGAUUUACAAAAAAUUAAUGCUGUAGUGAUUUUUGCUCUUCCUUAGAUGAAUCAGUUGGAAGUGAAUUACGUCCGCGAGAAUAUAUUGAAGCAGUAUUUUUAAGAAUUCGGGUAUGACUGUUAAAAUCGAGCGCAAAUUUGAAUUCUUCUAGAAACACUUCUUUCAUGGACAACUGAAAAUAUUAAAAAAACUGAAUCAUAACACUUGAUUAUAUGCUGCUUUAUUGAACUUACGUGAUAAUGCUUCGCCUUUGUGCGGAUGUAAAAAAACCAGCUAACUAUUCCAUAAACAAAUGCCAGGCCACUUCCUACUCCCAAAACUAUUGAAACAAUUUCCAAAAAAUUAUUGCCGGUGUGCAUCAAAUAAACCAAACCAGAUCAGAUCAAAAGAACUAAAAGUGCAAAUAUUAGUUAUUAGUUGUAGUUAUUAGUUAGUCUACAAAAUUUAUACCAAACUCAUCCCCAUAUAACGGUUAUCCUGGAAACUAGUAAAACGUCAGAAUCAGUAAAUAUUAAUGUUAAGAUGGUACGACACGGUUUACAAUGGACGUGGAAAACUAUUACACCAGAUUGAACUAAAUUUGAUGUAUAACACUACUUUGACGUUUUUAUGUUACAGUUUGAAAAUCAGAGGAUUAUAACCAUACCUACUUCAUAUAUAAUACAAUUAUUGAAUUUAAUAUUUAAAUUGCAUCACAUUCUUUAACUUCAAAAUGUAAAAAUGGAACAACAAGAUAUCAGAACCAAACUUUGUACAAAUAAUAAUCAUCUCUCACUUAAAAAUUGUCGAAAUGGUCUCAAUUAAAUUUUUUUUCGCUAUUUUAUUGGACAUUUUACCGUAUAUAUGCAUAUAUAUAUACAUACGUAUGUAUUGAUAAAUGUAGAAUAUUUUAAAUAAAAAUUAAUGAAAUCGUU